AGUGACCUUAUCAAUUUCAUGACCAGUGGACCAAUAGUAGCAAUGGAAGUAAUUGGAGAUAAUGCCGUAUCUGCCUGGAGAAAAUUGCUGGGGCCAACAAACUGUAGUGUAGCCCGAAGUGAAUCUCCACAAAGCAUACGAGCCAGAUUCGGCACUGAUGGAACUAAAAAUGCAGCUCAUGGCUCUGACUCCAUAACUUCAGCCGCCAGGGAGUUAGAGUUUUUCUUUCCAUCCAGCGGAGGCCGCGGACCAAAAAACACAGCCCAAUUCACCCAGUGUACCUGCUGCAUUAUAAAACCCCAUGCCGUAUCAGAAGGCCUAACAGGAAAAGUGAUAAACCGUAUACUGGAUGCAGGCUUUGAAAUAUCUGCAUUGCAAAUGUUUACCAUGGAGAAGGCCAAUGCUGAAGAAUUCUAUGAAGUUUACAAAGGGGUUGUAGCUGAGUAUACCGAAAUGGUGGUUGAACUAUGUGCUGGUCCUUGUAUAGCAAUGGAAAUACAGGCAACGGAUGCCCCAAAGUCAUUUAGAGAGUUUUGCGGACCUGCAGAUCCCGAAAUAGCGCGCCAUCUACGACCUAGGACACUCCGUGCACAGUUUGGGAAAAAUAAAGUGAAGAAUGCUGUCCACUGUACUGACCUUCCAGAAGAUGCAUUGCUAGAGGUGCAAUAUUUCUUCAAGAUUCUCGACAGCUGAAGUGCCACCAAAAGAAAGACAGAAGCAGGAAUUGGGUUAUUUACUUUAUUGUCUGAUGUUUUGACUGAAAGAGCACUGUACUCCUUGCAAAUAUUACAUAUGUUCCAACAAAUGUGCGCACAGUAGACAUGUAAUACAUCCUAUGGGAUACUGCGUUGCAUUUUUUUUUAAACUUCUUUUAAAAUAAAUCUUUAUUUUUCAACACGUGACUUUGGUUUAUUUCAUACAUUACUUUUUCUUGAAGAAAAAUAAAAAUUGUACAACUGCAUAAAUAUAAAAUUCUUCCACCAUGAAAAUGGUUAAAACAUUUGUAAAGAAACAGCACCAAAAUGUGAUGCUUCCUGAAAAAAAAUUAAAAAAAAAAAAUAUAUAUAUAUAAUGCAAAACAAUUAGCCCUAUUCCUGGCAAAAUUGACAGUCAGACCCAGGCUUCAACACACCUUCAUAAACAUACAUAAGAAAUAAGGGGGAGGGCUUAAAAAAAAAAAAAGCAUUAAAUACAAAGCACAGCACAACCCAUCACCUGUUG